AUGUCGGAAGUUCACCAUCAUCACCAUAUCCAUUUGCAUUUUACAUUACAGAUGCCUUGCAGUUGGUGCUGUACAUGUUGUUCAACUGAAGUUAGUCAAGGUGAUAAUAAUGUUAACGGAAAUGGUAAAAUUGUCAACGAAAAUGGUAAUAAUGUCAACGGAAAUGGUAAUGAUAUCAACGGAAAUGGUAAUGGUGUUAUGGGAACAAGAACAAACGUAAUCGUUCAGCAACCAACAGCAAUAACAACAGAAGACUUUCAUCAACAAAAAUCUUCAUCAACUGAUACAAAAGUUGGUUGUUCACCAAAAUCAUCACCACGCAUCUCUUCACCAAUGUUGUUCGAUCUUGAUUUAUUUGGCUUUGUAUUUCGUCGAUGA